UGAAAAGAAAUCCAACUCAGAAGGGGUGGGAGAGACAGCUCAAUCCUACACACGCACACCAUGUCUGAACUCAUUCUCAUUGGGAGUAUUAUGGUUUUUUAGUGUUAUUUAAUACCGUUGCAUUUCAAUACAGAACAUAGCAGCAACAGUUACGGGUAAGAGAGAAGAAAAUGGCGGAAGGGCUGAACAGAGAACAGUACGUGUACCUGGCCAAGCUGUCGGAGCAGGCGGAGCGGUACGAGGAGAUGGUGGAGUUCAUGCAGAAGGUGGUGGUGGGGUGGACUCCGGCCACGGAGCUGAGCGUGGAGGAGCGCAACCUACUCUCGGUCGCCUACAAGAACGUCAUCGGCUCCCUGCGUGCGGCGUGGCGGAUCGUUUCUUCGAUCGAGCAGAAGGAAGAGGGUCGCAAGAACGAGGAGCACGUGGCGCUCGUCAAGCACUACAGAUCCAAGGUGGAGACGGAGCUCUCCAACGUCUGCGCCAGCAUCCUAAACCUCUUGGACUCCAACCUCGUCCCCUCUGCCUCCAACACCGAGUCCAAGGUCUUCUAUUUGAAGAUGAAGGGCGAUUAUCACCGCUAUCUCGCUGAAUUCAAGGUUGGGGAUGAGCGAAAAGCCGCAGCUGAAGAUACCAUGUUGUCUUACAAGGCUGCCCAGGACGUUGCUUAUGCGGAUCUUCCACCCACCCACCCUAUAAGAUUGGGUCUUGCUCUCAAUUUCUCAGUCUUCUACUAUGAAAUCCUCAACCAGUCUGAUAAAGCGUGUGGCAUGGCUAAACAGGCUUUUGAGGAAGCAAUUGCUGAGCUGGACACCUUGGGAGAAGAAUCCUACAAAGACAGCACGCUCAUAAUGCAGCUUUUAAGAGACAACCUUACCCUUUGGACUUCUGAUGUCCAGGACCAGCUAGAUGAGCCCUGAUAAGUGGUAUUCUUCCUCUCAUGGAGGUGGGCUUUGAAUGUCAUCAUUUCUUUGUGCUAAAUUAAGAGUUGAUAAAAUGAUUGGCAAUCUGUGAUAUAAUGCUGUAUGAACAGAGACCAUGCUUCUUUUUUAUGUGUCAUAUGAUAUGGAAAUUGGAAAGGAUACUGUAUAAUGGGAUAUCGAAUUAAUUACAUGUGUUGCAAUCUUCUUUUUA